AUGGCGGCCAACUCGGAUUACCCCUUACAUGAAAGUGUUUUUAAUGAUGAUAUACGUCGAGUUUCGCAACUUAUCAGAACUUAUGAUCUCUCAAAGAAAGACAUUCAUGGCAAUACAGCUCUCCACUUGGCUGUCAUGUUGGGGCACAAGGAGUGUGUGCACCUCCUGUUGGCCCAUGGCGCCCCGGUGAAGGUGAAGAACCUCCAGGGAUGGACGCCCCUCGCAGAAGCCAUCAGCUACGGCAACAGGCAGACCAUUGUUUCCCUGCUACGGAAGCUGAAGCAACAGUCUCGAGAAUUGCUAGAAGAAAGGCGUCCAUCACUCAUCCAAGCCUUGAAGGAAAUAGAUGAUUUCUACCUCGAACUCAAGUGGGACUUUCAGAGCUGGGUACCCUUAGUGUCCAGAAUUCUACCUUCAGAUAUAUGCAAAAUACGCAAGAAAGGGGCUUGUAUAAGAUUAGACACAACUUUAGUAGAUUUUAAUGACAUGCAUUGGGAGCGGGGUGAUAUAUCAUUUGUAUUUAAUGGCGAUGCUGGUCCACGCCAGUCUCUCACAGUAUUGGACAACAAACUCAAGGUGUUCCAGCGUAUCCGAUACGAGGAGAGUGAGAUGGAGCUGGAGGACGAGGUGGACAUCCUGAUGAGCAGUGACAUCAUGGCCGCCCAGAUGUCCACCAAGAAUAUCUCCUUCUCCAGGGCCCAGAGUGGAUGGCUCUUCCGAGAAGACAAGACAGAAAUGGUUGGGGAGUUCCGGGCAGACUUCUACUGUGUAAAUAAUUUAACUUUAGAAUCUCGUAAAAGGAGAGAGCACCUGUCUCCAGAGGAUGUACAGAAGAAUAAGGCAAUCAUGGAGAACUUCAGUAAAGGCACCUGGGACAAUUGUGCUUUUGAGCGCCGCCCAUCACUGGAACCACCUGACAACCCCAUCACCAGCUGGUCUGAGUACAUUAAUGCCUUGCCAGGACGACCCCCAUGUUUAGGACGGACUCUCAUUGCCAAGGAGAGUACCAAGGGCUUCAAGGCAACUGUUGCGAUGAGUGAGGAUUUCCCGAUGAGUGUUGAAAUAUUACUAGAUGUCCUAGAAGUUGUGGCACCUUUUAAACAAUUUCAAAAACUGAGAGAGUUCAUGACAACUAAGCUUCCGCCAGGGUUCCCUGUGAAGAUAGAAAUUCCAGUAUUCCCAACUGUCACUGCCAAGGUGACCUUCACAAUGUUUGAAUGGCAAGAAGAACUCCCAGAAGAACUCUUCAUUAUUCCCUCCGAUUACCGUGAAGACCCCAACCGCUUUCCUGACUUAUGACUGUACCUCGAGGCCAACAUUGUCCACGUGAUGACCAGCGUCCGACAUCUCUCCCCAUACAUGUUCCAAGAGGAUCACCGCCUUUGUAUGGACUCAGAGGACGGGGAAGAAGAGGAUGAGAUAUGUGUCGGCAUAGAUCUGCCACUGACAAACCUAGGCAACUGCAGUGAUGAAGUGACACUGUUGAUCUAGGGGAGAGCAUGUCACGCUGUUCAUAUAGGGAAGAGAAAGUGACACUGUUGAUCUAGGGGAGAGCAUGUGACGCUGUUCAUAUAGGGAAGAGAAAGUGACACUGUUGAUCUAGGGGAGAGCAUGUCACGCUGUUCAUAUAGGGAAGAGAAAGUGACACUGUUGAUCUAGGGGAGAGCAUGUGACGCUGUUCAUAUAGGGAAGAGAAAGUGACACUGUUUAUCUAGGGGAGAGCAUGUCACGCUGUUUAUAUAGGGAAGAGAAAGUGACACUGUUGAUCUAGGGGAGAGCAUGUGACGCUGUUCAUAUAGGGAAGAGAAAGUGACACUGUUAAUAUGAGGAAGACCGUGUGACACUUGAUAUAGGGAAAAGCAAGUGACAAUGUUAAUAUAGGGAAGAGCAUGUGGAGAGUUGUAUUGUAGCUUGCUCUUGGCCAGUAUUACGCAUGGUGCAUGUAAAGACCAGAGAAUACAGACCCAGACUGCAGUGCUAGAGCAUGUGGAAGUGCUAGUUGUGAUCGAUUGUGACAUGGACUAUCUAAGCUCUGUAAGGUUGUAACAUUGCCAGACUUUUGUAGAGAUUUAUGAAAAUACCAAUCAUUGCAUUUUUGGAUACUUUUAUAUUUAUCAAGACUACUUUUAUGAUUAAUUUAUUUGUUUUAGAUACAAUUUAUCAGGUAUAUCAGAGAGGCAGUCAUCUGCUCGUAUUGCUAGACAAUAAACGGGACAACUGAGUCUUGACUGACAGUUAGACAGAGAUUUCAAUUGGUAUAAGUGUUUGAGGAUGAUUGUUAGAUAUGGACAUAGCUGGUUCUAGAAAAUCAGGACUCAUGACUGGUCCUUUAUUGUGAAAGUGUGGAAACAUGACUGAUCCUUUUUUGUGGAAGUGUGGAAACAUGGCUGGUCCUUUAUUGUGGAAACAUGGCUAGUCCUUUAUUGUUGAAGUGUGGAAACACGACUUGUCCUUUAUUGUGGAACUGUGGAAACAUGGCUGGUCCUUUAUUGUGGAAGCAUGGCUAGUCCUUCAUUGUGGAAGUGUGGAAACACGACUUGUCCUUUAUUGAGGAAGUGUGGAAACACGACUGGUCCUUUAUUGAGGGAGUGUGGAAACACGUCUGGUCCUUUAUUGUGGAAGUGUGGAAACACGACUGUUCCUAUUCUGUGGAAGUGUGGAAACACGACUGGUCCUAUUCUGUGGAAGUGAAGAAGCAUGGCAGGCCCUAUAUUUUAAGGAAAAAUGUCUGGUCCUAUACGCAGUGUGAUAUGUUGAAAGUGAGGAAACAGGGCUGGUCCUUUAUUGUUGGAAAAUGUGGCUGGCUACAGUGCAUCAGGAAACAAGACGAUUUACAUAUGGAAAAGAGAAAGCAUGUCAAGUGAAAACUAGGCUGAACAUGUGACAGUGUAGAUACUCCAUAUCAUGCCGAUCAAGAAACAUGGCUAGUCCUAUUAAAUAGAAUGUAUGAUGUAUUCUUAAUUUGUCCAGGAAACGAUGAUGUUGGUGAACAGUGUCUCUGGUUUUAGUGGACCAAUGUUGCCUCGGCCUUUAACACUAGUUACAAAUAUUGUUGAUGAUGACAGAACAGCAUUAUCUUUCACCAAUCAGUCCCAUACGAACACAGCUCAUCUCACAUUGUGAUGUGAUCCUUUCGGCACCUAAUGCCCAUACUGAAAGAUCCACCAACACUGAUGUGAUUAAUAUGUUGCAGUAGCACGCUGUUACAUGAAGCCCAUCUUCCCUAGGCAAGCGUGACCACUAGCCUAUAUCAAAGCCUAGUUUAUACCCUUGCCACAUCAAGGCCACUUUUCAUGGCUCGACCCUGGUGCCACCUCGCGUAGAUCACAAGUUUUGCCCCUUGUAAUGAAAACUCAUAUCCAAUCAGAUCACUGUUCUUAUCUCGUAUAGCUUCACAAAGAUAGCAACUACCACAGGCAACCUAGUCGAUCAAAUGACGAAAACAUUCACAGUUUAAUCCCUGACACAAAAACUUAGGCAAUCGUUCAGGGGUUUAAAGAUGGAAAAACAUAUUUGUAUCAACAAAGGCAGGCGGCGGUAAAUCACUUUCACACGAAGGUGUACCGGUCGUGGAUGUUGAUUUUGUGAAAUGUACUCUAAUUGGACUAUCGAUAUAGUGCGACAGUCCAAUCAUAUUUAGACACAGGAAAAUGGCCUUGAUGUGGCAAGGGUGGAAACAAGACUUUGAUGAAAAGGCUGGUGGAUGCUCUCGCCUCAGGACGAUGCAUGAAGCCUAACAUGUGUGGAGGUGUAGCAGCCAAGGUGGAGCUCAAAUAUAUCACAGAUCCAGCUGUUGACAUUACCAGUUUAAGAUCCUCCUAUCUGGUAACACUAGAGCAGCUGGUUGUCGAGCUGUACAAUCUGAAUGACACUAGAGCAGCUGGUUGUCGAGCUGUACUAUCUGAAUGACACUAGAGCAGCUGGUUGUCGAGCUGUACAUUCUGAAUGACACUAGAGCAGCUGGUUGUCGAGCUGUACAAUCUGAAUGACACUAGAGCAGCUGGUUGUCGAGCUGUAUUAUCUGAAUGACACUAGAGCAGCUGGUUGUCGAGCUGUACAUUCUGAAUGACACUAGAGCAGCUGGUUGUCGAGCUGUACUAUCUGAAUGACACUAGAGCAGCUGGUUGUCAAGCUGUACUAUCUGAAUGACACUAGAGCAGCUGGUUGUGGAGCUGUACAAUCUGAAUGACACUAGAGCAGCUGGUUGUGGAGCUGUACAUUCUGAAUGACACUAGAGCAGCUGGUUGUCAAGCUGUACUAUCUGAAUGACACUAGAGCAGCUGGUUGUGGAGCUGUACAAUCUGAAUGACACUAGAGCAGCUGGUUGUCGAGCUGUACAAUCUGAGUGACACUAGAGCAGCUGGUUGUCGAGCUGUACAAUCUGAAUGACACUAGAGCAGCUGGUUGUCGAGCUGUAUUAUCUGAAUGACACUAGAGCAGCUGGUUGUCGAGCUGUACUAUCUGAAUGACACUAGAGCAGCUAAUUGUCGAGCUGUACAAUCUGAAUGACACUAGAACAGCUGGUUGUCGAGCUGUACAAUCUGAAUGACACUAGAGCAGUUGGUUGUCGAGCUGUACAAUCUGAAUGACUCUAGAGCAGCUAGUUGUCGAUUGUAAUAUCAAGUAAGGCUGUUAAUCCCGUUUUCCCAUUUAAUCAUGUAAAUGGCCUAAGCCUGCAUGCUCUGCCCUGACAUGUCUGUUGUAUUCCCAGUCUCCUGUGUGUGACUGUGUAUAUAUCAUGUGUGAUAGUAGACUAGACAGGUAGAUUUUGUACAUGAUGUACAUAGACUCAGCUGUUAUAUGCAAAUCAUUGGCAAUGGGAGUGGCAGCAUUGUUUGACGACUGCCACAUAUGGUUGGAUGUGCUUCAGGUAGUCAACAAUAAGAUUCAUUUAUUAAUCAGUCUGUUAAUCAUUGUUAGUUCCAGAUACGAAUGCUAUGAUGACUCAUUAUCGUAAAUUUUAGUAGAUUACAUAAAAACCUUAAAAUCAUGCUAGUUAAGCAGUAAAUUGAUCACAGCGGAGUCUUAAGACUUGUUUCCAAAUUGAGUGGGAGUUGUGUGUCUAGUGUUUAAUAUCUAGUCAUGCUUGAAGACCUGGAUUAGAUUCCCACGUUUAGAAUGCGUGAAGCCCAUUCUCAGAGUCCUCUGCUUUGGCAUAUCCGGUAAGCCGACGUCAAACCUGAUGCCAGCUCUUAUCUGCAAAGCUGGUGAACAAACAUAUCAUUAGCUGAUUUCAUAAGGAACGUAUCUGUUCAGGGGCAUUGGUUCUAUUCCAGACUGUUUGACAUAUUCUCAAAGAGUGGUGGGAAGGUGGUGGUUGUCGUUGAUAAUUCUUGAUUGUUCAGAGGAAGGAAUACAGGGUAUGUGCAUUAACUUGUAUCAUGAUCCCCCUGGGCAUCAAGCUCAUCAUUUGUGCCAACUUAAAUAUUUAUGAUGAGGUAGCUAAUCAUGUUUAGGAGGAUGUUGUUUGUCAAGUUUUAAUUUUCUUUAGGAAGUGUAUGGUGUUGACAUGGUUGAAAUAGUUUGUAGUAACUCAUGUAUGCAAUCAAGAUACACAUUACAUGAACACUGAAGAUUAGGAACAUUUAUAUCUAGCUUACACAAGGUUUUUUUCAUAAUUGGUCUGCAAUAUUUUAAUUGAUUUGUUUAUUAUUGUCACAGAAUAUUUUCCUCCCCAAGCAAGUCUCAAGGGCAGGAUCUUGAACAAUCGGGGCCUCUUUGCUCUUUCACACCAAGAAGAUCUCCCACGUUAAUAUAACCUACGACAGUCAUAUACACUACAGGGGUGAGAGUCUUCCGCGGAUCCGCAAAUUUUAGUGACCACAGAUUUGUUAAAAUCUGAUGGCCUCCCCCAUAAGCACCCCCAAAUUAUGGACAACACUCCAUUGCAAAGAAGUUUCAGCUGGAAAGGAAUAAUCCAUUCUCAUCCCUGCAUAAAGCUGUGAUUGCUUUGUGUUUUCAGAUGACAUUCUUUACAGGAAUGCAAUAGAUUGAAGAGCUGGCUUGGUCAUUGCGUCAGCCUGUGAGUUCCUGAACUUCACAUUAUGCCAAGACCAUUUUCUAUUUACAACACUCUUUUGAUCAUCAUCCUUGUCUGUAAAAUGAUCAGCACUCCAUGAUCAGCUAUGCAGGUCAACAUCGAAACGCUUACAGACAUGAGACAUGCAAAAUGACGAUUAGUGUGUCACAGUAGAUGAUUUUAUUGAGUGUGUGAAACUGUGUGGAUUGUUGCAUAUGUUUUCAACCUCUGUAUUGCCUUGCCCGACUUUUACAGGUUGUUGUGAUAUGGCUGGAAUAUUGCUGAUGGUGACUGGUGUGAACCAAAUUGACCGUUCUUCUUUCACACUCAGACACCACAAGAUUCAUCAUUCUGUCUUUUUGCUCACAAAUUAUUGUUUGAAUAGAACUUUUGAAAAGGAGAAUAAUGCAAAAAUCGUUCCAUUGGCUAAUGUCCAGCAAGUGUAAGAAGUUGACAUAUAGUACGUACUUACUUUCAUAUUGAAUACUUAUUAUAGAACAUUAGAGGGUUGGUUGCAUUAGAAUCCUGGUUGGACUGUAAUUGGCGAUUUCCUCUUCAGACUUUGCAUCCAUUACCCAUGCUAAGAUCUACAGGUGGUAUGUUUUAAUCCAUAAUUCAGCAGGAUUGUGAGCCUUGGUUUGUCAGCACAAUAGCCUUGCUGAUUGGUUUCACCCUAGUAGUAAGCCUCCCUCAUUUUAGGUGGGAGCACGGAUGGCCCAGUCAUCUAAGGCGCCGCAACUCGCUGUGCACAGUUGCGUCUCUUGGACAUGCCAGAAACCUGUGAUUGUUGGUUUGAUUCCGGGUUCGCCUCAAUUUUGUUUCUAGGUUUG